CUGAAAUGAGCAGAGAGCAGCUGAGGGGAAAGGGAGGAGCACCAAACAGAAACCAAGGUUACACAUGUGAGGAGGACUCGAACAAAGCACAGAGAGGAGAGGGAGAGAAGGGCAUGAACAGGUAGAGUUAGUCAGAAGUAGGCUUCAAUCUGACCACGCCAGCUACGUAAUUACAAGUUUUUCCCAGUGUGUUGACAGAACGCAGACAGAGCGCAAACACAAAGCAAGAAAAGCGGCAAACAGAAAGGGCAGCUCAAGGCACAAGACUGGAAAGCAGAAGUAAGAGGAGAAGGAGGCAGAGACAGCAGUUUAUUAAGUCGUGUCCUGCACAAUAACUGAGGGGGAAAACAAAGAAGGAGAGGCGAGGCUGUAAGGAGUGAACGUGGUGGUAAAGUGGGAAAACAAAAGGAGACUCAUCGUCAAAGAGGACGGACUUAAACCCAUGGACUACUGACAUCAGCAAAACAAAGGAGUAGAGGCGUCAGAAAGCAGGUCACUGCAGUCCAGCAGCAGUUGCAGCUCCCUCGAGCGUCUACUAUGCAACUAAGUCAACUGACAUAGACAGAGUCAAGCUCAGGCACAGAUCACACAGACAGUCCUCACUGUAACAGCACCAUGUUGAUGAAAGAGUACCGCAUAUGUAUGCCACUGACUGUGGACGAGUAUAGGAUCGGGCAGCUAUAUAUGAUCAGUAAGCACAGCUGUGAGCAGAGCGGAGGGGGAGAAGGGGUAGAGGUGGUGAGAAACGAGCCAAGUGUUCACCCCGAGUACGGACCUGGACAGCUGACCGAGAAGCGAAUCUACCUCAGCAGUAAACUGCCGUCCUGGGCGAAAGCGCUGGUCCCGAGAUUCUUCUAUGUGACAGAAACAGCCUGGAACUUCUACCCGUACACCAUCACAGAGUACUCGGUAUCGUUCCUCUCCAAGUUCAGCGUCCGUAUUGAGACGAGAUUUGAGAACAACAAUGGCGAUAACGACAAUGUGUUCGGGGACACGCCGACCCCAGCACAGAAAGUGAGUUUCCUGGAUAUCCUCAGUGAUCCCAUCCCUGAGAAGCACUACAAAACGGUGGAGGACCUGAGUCUCUGGCAGUCAAGUAAAACUCACAGAGGGCCUCUGGGGGAAGGAUGGAGAGACAACCACAAACCCAUUAUGUGCUCCUAUAAGAGGGUGCAGUGCAGCUUUGAGGUCUACGGCUUCCAGACCAGAACUGAGGAGUUCAUACACAAAAACAUUCGGGACAUUCUUCUGGUCGGCCACAGGCAAGCCGUAGCAUGGAUAGACGAAUGGCACGGACUGAGUUUGGACGAUGUGAGAGAUUAUGAGCAAACAAUGCAAGAGAAGACCAACAGCAAAGUCAAAUCAGAACUGAACACAGGGCCACCGACCGCCUCUCGUCCUGUGUUCUCUCGCUCCAUCUCGGUGACAGACGAGCGUUCCCUGAUGAAGAUGGGAGUGACGACUGCAGCCAUAUCUGACCCUCCACCCUCCUCCUCUGUGCCACACAUUCCCAUUCGCCUCCACUCAACCCCUGAAUGAUGGCGCGCGCACGCACGCACACACACACACACACACAGACAGACACACACACACACAAAGAGCAUACUGUACAAUGCAAACAAAGACAGCAUUCACCACAGUUGCAUUAUUUCUCAGAAAUAAACAACCAACAACUGUGCUCACUUAGAUAAGUAGAUCAGUAGCACUCGUAGCUAUCUUAAAUAUAAGGCUGCAGCCAGCCACUUGUUAGCGUAGCUUAGCAUUUAGACUGGGGACAAGGGGAAACAGCUACCCUUGUUCUUUUGCAUAGCCAAUUGCAUAGCCAUCUUCAAAACACUGUGUCAGCAAUAGAGGUUUGGACGCAGCUAUUAUCAUUCUGCUGCAGGAAAGAAGAAGAAAAAAUUCAUUGGAUUGUUUUUAUUUCUUGAAACUGCUUGAAACGGCAGUCUUCGUGAGCAGAGCUAUGUCCAGGAUGUAGGCCAGGAAGAUAGACGUGAAAUUGGCCAGCGACCUGAAAAGAAAAUUAAUGACAGUGAAGGAUGUGGCAAAUAGUUGGGCCACAUUUGUUGUUAGUCUGUGAGAGCAGCAUCAACAAAAAGUAAAAGACAGUUUUGGAUUAGAUUUUCUGGGGAAGCCCGUGAUGGAAGACAUUAUUAGAAUUUGGCGGUGAUCUGAAUACGAAUUCUUAUUUAAAAAAAAAAAAAAAAUGUUAAAAUUGUGAGAUAUGCGAGAGUAUUAAUACUGAGAAACUGAGCGCCCUUGCUUGGGUUUGCACUAAGAAGACAGAAUUGUUUCUAGUUUUCUGCGUGUGGUUUGUCAGCUGAAAUCCACACAUCUACAAACGAUAAGUCAAACAUUGUCCAAACGUAACAUAGUCAACCUACUAACGCCUC